AUGAUCUUUCAAUUCUAAUGUAUUAGAAAACAUCUAAUAUUUGAUAAAUAAUACUUAUUAACCUAUGAUGGUUCAAGUAUUUUUAUUGGGGAAGUAUGUAUUAAAACUAUAUCACCAGACUAAAGCAAAACCUAAAUACCAACUAGAAGUAUCACUUAGAUCUACAAUAACCUUUCAUAUUGAUGAUGAUUUUUAUGGUUUUUCAAUCCCAUACUAAGGGCAAUAAAAACUCUUUAGAGCCAAUGCUAAUAAAAUUCAAGAAUUAAAGAAAUUAAUUGAUGCGAAGAUAGUUUAUCUUGAUAUGAAUUAGUUUUAUCUUCCUCAAUAGGUCUUAGGAGUUGGUGCUUUUUCAUAAGUAUAAUUAUAUAAUGAUAAUUAGGUACAAAUGGUUUAAAAUUUGUAGACAAAGUAGUUAGUGGCUGCAAAAUUUCUAAACAAGAUUAGAGAAGGGAAAUCAAAUACAGAAAGAAUGAAUGUAAUAUUAGAUCAUUAUUUCAAUUAUAGGAUAUAAUUAAUGAAAUCUAAAUAUUGUAUCGAUUAAAUCACCCAAAUAUUGUCAAAAUUAAAGAAAUAUAUGAUAAAUCUAAUUAAAUAGUCAUCAUACAUGAAUAUGUAGAUGGUUAAACUUUAGAAAGAUUCAUAAAUGAACAUGGAACUUAAUUACAUUAAACUGAAAUUUAAUCAAUUAUGAGAGUAAUAAUAUAUAUUAGAUUUCUUUUUAGGAAAUUUUGUUAGCAAUUGUUUAUAUCCAUGAAUAAGGUUUAUUACAUAGAGACAUUAAACCAGAUAAUAUAAUGAUAGAUAAAAACUUGAAUAUUAAGAUAAUUGAUUUUGGCUUGGCAACAAAACAAGGUAGUCCGUUAUGCAUUUAAAAAUGUGGAACUCCUGGAUACAUUGCACCUGAAAUUAUUAAUUCUAAAAAAUCUUAAUACAACACCAAAAGUGAUAUAUUCAGUCUUGGAGUUGUAUUCUAUAAACUGUAAAUUAUAUUCAUAAUCAUAUUAGAAUUACAUCACAAGAUUUAUUCUAGUAAUCAUAAUUAGAUAAUUUGUAAUACUGCUAUUAAGAAAAUAUGCUAUCAAUGGAGCAUUUCAUUGAAUAUAAUAUACCUGAAUCAUGCUUUGAUUUAUUAUCUAGCAUGUUAUUUUAUGAUAAGAACAAAAGAAUAAGUGCAAAAGAGUGUUUAUAACAUAACUAUUUUAAAGAGAGUCUUAGACCUUCUGCCAAGAAAUCUUAAAUCUUACUAUAAUAAUCUACAUAAUUCGUUUAAUAAUAAUAAUAAUAAUCAACUAUGUUUUAGUCAUAAUUAUCAGAAGGUAGUAGAAAGUAUUCAAGAAAAAUUAGUGAUAAAACAAAUAAUCGAUCGUAUAAUUCUUAUUAAAUUCUUUAGAUUAUCAUACAAAAAGUCGGUUAAAUCUGAUAGUUCAAUAUGA